AUGCCGACGCCGCCACCAAAAAGUCAACGCCUCAUAUCUCUCGACGUCUUCCGCGGUCUAACUGUUGGCCUUAUGAUUCUUGUGGAUGACGUCGGAGGAGUGUUCCCGUCGAUCAAUCAUUCCCCAUGGUUCGGAGUAACGCUGGCCGAUUUCGUGAUGCCGUAUUUCCUCUUUGGCGUCGGUGUUUCCGUUGGUCUUGUGUUCAAGAAAGUUCCGAACAGAGUAGAUGCGACAAAAAAGGUCCUUCUGAGAACGAUCAAGUUGUUUGUCCUAGGGGUGUUGUUGCAAGGUGGAUACUUCCAUGGCAGUCAUGAUCUUACUUACGGAGUCAAUGUGAGGAAGAUUCGUUGGCUUGGGAUGCUACAGAGAAUAUCGCUUGGUUAUCUGUUCGCUUCGAUGUCAGAGAUUUGGCUUGUGGAUAAUAGUGCGGUUGAGUCAAUAAUGGCAUUUGUGAAGAAAUAUCAUUUUCAGUGGAUGGUGGCCUUGAUUGUAUGUGCAGUUUACAUGUGCUUGUUGUAUGGCCUGUUUGUUCCAGAUUGGACAUUUGAACGUCAAUGCGUGACUCCUUCAUACAAUUGUUCAUAUACUCAAACUGUGCAUUGUGGAGUAAGGGGCAGCCUUGAUCCUCCUUGUAAUGCGGUUGGAUUUGUUGAUCGAGUUUUGCUUGGGUUAGAACAUAUGUAUCAGCAUCCUUUAUAUAUCAUAACAGAGCAAUGUAGUGUUAAUUCUCCCGACUAUGGGCCUCUUCCCCCAAAAGCUCCUUACUGGUGCCUUGCUCCGUUUGACCCUGAGGGCAUAUUGAGUUCCUUGAUGGUUGCUAUUACUAGCUUUAUAGGAUUGCAUUUUGGACACGUGCUUCUCCAUGUUAAGGACAACCUGCAAAGGUUGGUGUUGUGGGUGGUAACAUCAUUAUCAUUAGUUCUUGCCGGAUAUGUGCUGGUAUUGCUCGGGAUUCCUCUUUCCAAACCCUUGUAUACUUUGAGCUAUUUGUGCGUCACUGUUGGAGCAUCUGGCCUACUCCUAGGCAUCAUGUUUUUUGCAGUUGAUGUAAAAGAGUAUCAGAAGGAAACAUUGGUAAUGCAGUGGAUGGGAAUGAAUGCACUUAUUGUUUACUCUUUAGCCACCUGCGAGAUUUUUCCCUCCGUGGUGCAAGGCUUCUACUUGGGCUCACCUGAAAACAACUUGGUUGAUGGGACAGAGUGGGUAUUGCAGUAUUGCAGGUCGUCAUGA